GAAGCAGUUCCAACACAUCUCCCCCAGAGGAAAUGAUGCUCUUUUAGAGAGGGGUGCCCUAAAUGCAACAUAAAGGCCCUUUUGGAGCCCUAGAACGCACCCAAGGCCACCCUCACCCUGUGACAAAACUGAGCUGCAGGGUUUUAUAGCUGGGGAAUCUGAACUCCAGGAAGUUCCUAGGCCCAGUCAACAGGGCUGAGCACAUUUGGGUUGGAAUUCAACAACGCAUGAACAUUUAUUUGACAAGUGGCAAGCUGCCAUGGGGAGUUCUCAGCAAUGUGGCCACCGCUGCUAUCAACCCAUUCAUCUGGGGGCAGUGUAGGGUGGAGAAAGAAAACAGAAGAGACAAGUGAGAAGAGGAUGGCAUGGAGGAGACUGCAGAACAUCGGGUUUAACUAUAUGAUCGUGUUAGAUAAGGAUGAGGCAAGCUUUCCAAUUCCCUUCUUCCCGCUAAUCCCUGACUGCGCGUCUCCUACGUCAGAGGUGGAUAAAGUUCAGACAGUUUGGUGGUGCAGAUAACACUAUGGGAAAGGUCGCGGUUAUCAUCGACAAUGGUAGUUGCUUCACUCGGGCCGGCUUUGCUGGAGACGACAAGCCAAGGUCUGUGUUGAAGACCACGUCCAUGCCUCCCACCUGCCCAGCUGUGACGCAGGAGACCCCAUGCCAUCUCAUCGCCACUGGCUGUGGGACAGGCGGUGCCAGGGCAUCCAAAACCCACCCGCUCAGGCACGGCAUCAUCACCGACUGGGAAGCCAUGCAAAAUCUGUGGAGCCACCUUUUCUUCUGUGAGCUGAGACUGUCCCCUGAGGCGUGCCCGCUGCUCAUGACAGACUCACCCUCCUGCCCCACAACCAAUAGGGAGAAGAUGGCCGAGGUGUUCUUCGAGGACUUCGGUGUUCCAGCCUUGCAUGUGGCUAACACGGGGCUCCUCUCCCUCUGCUCCUGUGGCAGGGUCACUGGCCUGGCUGUGGAGACCGGGGCUGGGGUGUCCCAUGUCACUUCCAUCUGCGCUGGGCAGAUCUGGAGGGAGGCCACCUAUCGCCUGGACGUGGCUGGGUUUUUCCUUUCCAAGCACAUGCAUACCCUGCUGCUGAAGAGCUCCAACGACCCACAGCUGCUCUGUACCUUGCAGAAGACGACAGUGACCCAGAUGAAGAAGCAGUGCUGCUACGUGUCCAUGGACUAUGAAGGAGACCUCCAAGACAAAGCUCACCAGUUCCCAAUGGGUUUUAAGACCCCUGAUGGGCACUGGAUAACUCUGGAUAAGGAGCGGUUCUGCUGCCCAGAGCCACUCUUCCAACCAAAACUGCUAGACCAAAACUCUCCAGGCAUCCACCUUUUAGCUUUCCAAAGCCUCCAGAAGGUGCCAGAUGAGUGCAAGGGAGACAUUAUUGGUAACACUGUGUUAUCAGGAGGCUCAUCAAUGUUUCCUGGCUUCCCUGAGAGGAUGUGCUCAGAGCUGGAUGCUUUGUUAUAUGGCAAAGGCUACCGGAUUAAAAUUCUGGCUGCCCCAAAGAGGAGUAUGGCAGUCUGGGCUGGAGGGUCCAUGGCAGCCUCGCUUAAAUCCUUCCGGCAUAUGUGGAUGAGAAAGGGCGAGUACCAGGAGUGCGGGGCAGCAUAUGUCCACAAAAAGUUCAAUUAGUUUCUAAUAAAUAACCACUGUUUUGGCCCAAAA